GGGAAGGACGAGACGGUGGAGCAUGUCAUGCUGGAGUGUGAGAAGUAUGAGAGAGACAGGCAUGAGAUGAUGCAAGUGAUCUUGAGUGAAUUAGGGCAUAAUAGGAAUGAAAGGGUGGAGAAGACAGGUGUUGCUGGUGGGACUGUGUAGAGAGACGAGUGAAAGGAUGAUGGAGGCUGUGAAGGAGUAUCUGGAAAGAAUGUGGCGAGCGAGGUGUAGGGAUCAUUAACGAAGAGAAAUGCUACUUUUUUUUCUGUUUUGUCUUUUUUUGUCCUCUACAGGAGUAGCCGAUCCAAAGGCCUGGCUCUGGAGCGAUCCCGAGCCACCUGUAGCAUCAAUAUCAAGAUCAAGAUGAUCCAGGGCGGCAGCAAUGACCUGGAGAGGUGCAACAGGCUGAGGAAUACAAGUAUCUGGGGAUGUGGGAGCUGCCGAUACUAAGGCCUGCCUCAGGAGAAAUCCUGGGACACCUGUAGAAUCAAGAUCAAGAUUAAGAUCAGAGGAGGCGUAGACUUGUUUCACAGAAUGGUGAGGAAUCUGAGAGUGGAAGAGCUGGAGAUAGGAUUGAUUGAUUGAUUGAUACAUUUAUUGUUGAAUUAAUAAAUAAUUACAACAAAGGAGAAGGAUGAGCCUUGCCACCCACCCCCUGGACAAAGACUUAACCUUUUUUCAUGUUUCUCAUCGAUAUCGGUACAUUUCACGCCUACAAGAGUUAGGCCUUAAAAAAAUUGUUUUCCCGUGCAAAGUGAGCAUGUCAUUUUCUUUGUUCAUGUCCUGGUCACUGAAAACUUUAAGUAAUAUCUCAAAAGAUGGCAUUUGCGUCUACUCUACGGAAUUUGAACACCAGUGCAUGGCGUCAUGCAGCAGGGGGUAGAUGUGCUUCAAAUCCUUCCACAAUAUGGCUCAACCCUCAACCUCAGGUGGCAUGAAACAUAAAUUUUUUUUUAUGGGGACAGUCUUCCAGUGCGCCGUAGGUGCAUAGAUUAUACCUGUAGAGAUGAGCCCCAAUCUGACUCGGAAUAUUCAGAUAUUGAGGAUGUGGAAGACAGUGCUGAUGAUUACCUAGUCACCCAAGAUGAUGAAGUGCAGUUGAGGCAUGAUUUCAUGUUGGACUUUCAAGAUGAAGAGAAGAUUGUCAUUGGGCGAUCAAGAAGAAGAACGCUGCUUCCUGUGAACCCCGUUGCACCACCCUCAGAUGACUGUGAUAAUGCUAUCAGUGUUCAUGGAUAUGGUAGUUCUUCAGAUGUAACAGUCACCACACCUUCAGUUGUUCAUGUUUCUGAGGUGGAAAGGAAUGAGGAGGUAGAAGAUUAUAGUAACCUGAAACACAAAAUAAAUUGGAAACAAUGUGAUGCUAAUGAGAAUAAUGAAAAAAAUAUUCCAGAAUUUAGGGGAUUUAUAUCAGGCAGAGAGAAUGCACUGGAACCAGUAGAAUAUUUCAGGAAGUUCUUUGACAGAGAAUUACUGACACAAAUAUGUAAUGAGAGUAAUCUAUAUGCCUUGCAAUGUGACCCAAGCAAACCACUCUCUUUAACAGUAGAAGAGCUAGAGGUAUAUCUAGGCAUUUGUAUCUACAUGAGUGUUGUUAAAAUGUCUAGUCAUUGUAGAUACUGGAGUUCUGAUGCAAACCUUAGGGCUGUAAUAGACUACAUGUCCUGUGCCAGGUGGGAAAGAAUGAAGUCAUGUAUUCACUUCGCAGAUAAUUCACAGUGUCCAGCCAAAGAAACGCCAGAAUAUGACAGGUAAACUGCCCUGCUCUAUGGAUGCACUCAUUGCAUUUUACAUAAUGUUUUUCAGAUCUAAAAAGUGGUACCACAGAAUAUUCUUUCAUUUUGUAAAUCUUAGCAUUUGUAAUGCCUGGCUACUAUACAGAAGGGACAUCCAGGCUUCAAGUGCACAUGCAAAAUAUUUGAACCUCCAUGAUUUCAAAUUGGUAUUGUCUUCAUGUCUGAGGAUGCAAGACAAACCUUCAUCAGUUGAUGAAAAGUUGAUAGAAAAGAAGCAAAAGGGCCACAACACAUAACAUAACAUAACAUAACAUAAAUAAUAGGAUAACAAAGGGCCACCAGGGCCCAUCUAGGUUAUCCUGUAUCAGUCGCACAGCGACCU